ACAAUCAGUCGUGAUAAAGGCCAUUUUGUAGUCUAUACAAUGGAUAAGGAGCGUUUUGUGAUUCCCUUGCCGUAUCUCAAGAACAGUAUUUUCCAGCAACUUUUCAAGAUGUCUGGGGAAGAGUUCGGACUGUCAAGUGAUGGGCCUAUAAGAUUACCUGUCAUAAAGGGGGGGAAAUCAAAUAGACCACUUUGCAACACAAUCUUGUUGGUUCAGAGAGGAUUAACUAAGGGUUUGAAGAAAGCAGCGCACAGUUCAAUCACCGCCCAUGUCUGCUCGUCCUACAUUACAAUUUUCCAAGAAGGACAAGCUGAAAAACAGUGGCUCGUCUGUGGAUUCUAA